AUGUCGGGCCCUAUAGACCUAUUGCUGGGUGUCGAACUUGUUCAUGAAUACUUGAAAAAUGGACGAAUAUUUCUUGGUGAAGGAUCGCCAGUAUUGUUUGAGACAGUCUUUGGAUGGGCUGUUAUUGGUCGCUGGUACGGAUCCACGGUACCCUGCUCGCCAGUUUGUCACACCGCCAUCACUCAACGUAACUUGGAGAUUAUUCUAGACAAAUUUUGGGAAUUGGAAGCAGUACAGCCAAGCCCACUCUACACUGCUGAAGAAAACUUUUGCGAAGAGCUAUAUAUAACCACUACAACGCGAGACUCAGAUGGCCGUUACGUUGUCCAUCUUCCAAAGACGAAUGAUCCAGUUAUCUGCCUUGGUGAAUCAAGAAGCAUCGCCGAAAAACGUCUAUUUAGUCUCGAACGUCGACUGCAAAGAGAAGAUGCAGCUAAGGCUGCAUAUCAUGAAUUUAUGGAUGAGUACCUGCGACUUGGGCAUAUGCGGAAGAUAGCUGAUACACCAAAUGAAACUCUCCACCACUGCUACUUGCCACACCAUGCGGUGUUUAAAACUACAAGCACCACGACCAAAACUCGUGUCGUGUUUGACGCCUCCUGCCGUACUGCAUCCGGUUACUCACUCAACGAUACUCUUCUUGUGGGUCCGGUAGUGCAGGACGAUCUCUAUCCAUAG